AGACAUUUUGUCCUUGUUUUCCGUGAUUUCGUCCAUUCAUUUCAAGGAUUUCUUAUAAUUUCAUGCUGCAGUAUGACUGAUAAAGAAUUUCUGCCUACAGAGCAAACUAUCAAUGAAGCAAAAAUACAGGGAGAAGACAAUCAACCCCAGGAGAACUUUGAUAGUGGUGCAAGGGGAGGAAAUGCAGAUCAGAAAGAUCCAGUAAACAAUGUUUUGGAAAGCUCUGUUGGUCCACAACAAUCUGAAAAAGAUUCAGAGCAUCGAGUUAAACAGAUCGUUAACCAGUUAARUGGUGUAUCAAACGAGAGUCAAAGUGAAAACAAGAAAGACCAACGAUACGAGAGUGUUACAGAUACGUAUGAUGUGAUCACAGGAAGUGAGGUUAGAGACAUAACAGGAUGGGAAAGUAUUCACAAAGACAGUUUGUCAGAAAUCCCUCCUAUAGACCAUGCAGCUAUAAACGAUCUUGAAUCAAGAGCCAAAGACGUUGCUGGCAAUCUUGAUCACUUAUUAGGAACUUUAGCCGCUAGUCUGAAGUCUCUGUCAGUGAUAAGUGUACAGAGUGUAGAUGCAUACAAGACAUCGAUUCAGAACAUCGAAGACUCAGUAGAUCUGUCCAUAAAGAAUAUGUACACUCUUAUCGCAAAGUGUGAAGAACUGAAUUCUCAUAUGGGACCCCUUUACGCCAUUUCAGCACAAAUAAAAGACAUUAAAAGAACUUUAGAUGUGUUUGAAUCAGUCUGCAAGUAAUCAUGUAGAAGUCAGUGUAUUAAAGCUUACUACACUAAUCUAAAUGUGACUUGUGUUCAUGACAACCAAUCAGUUCUAGGCUCGAAUAAUAAGACAAUUAUGCGUUUUUCUAACGGAAACCUGUUUUGGGGCAAAAUUAAGAAAACUUAAAACUCAAAGUACAUGGACUUGUCAACUUUUGAUAUGAUUAAAGUAGGUCAUUACGAGACUUGUGUACAUAA